GUAUCGAUGAUGUUUGGUUGUCCUGGUUGCGCUUUCCCGAUCAAUCUUUUGGGGGUCGCGUGCUCGCUUGUUGGCGGAUACGUCAGGAUGAACCAGGAGACGCGCCUUCUCAAAGGUAGCUCGUUGAAGAGUAGGACAACAGAUUCAAGAACAACAGCCUUUUUCAUGCCCCCAUCAUAUAGUAAACUUCUAAUUGUACACAUAGCAGCAAGUUUCACUAUGCUGUCACGAAAGAAGCAUGGAAAUAGGCGCGUGAGCUUUUCCAAUGCAUUGCCGGUAGAUUACUACCCCGCGCCGAAUUCGGCCUCUCCCAAAUACACGCAACCACACAUCUCCAAGAUGUCGAAGCCAAAAGUUGUGGUAACACGCCAGCUUAUCGAUCAAGCUCAAGCCCUCCUCGAUUCGAGAAACGAUUUAGACAUCGUACAAUGGAAUUCGGAAAAGCCCGCCCCCCGUGAGUGGCUCCUCGAAAACGCCAAAGAUGCAUCCGGGAUUCUCGUCAUGUUAAGCGACAAAGUCGAUGAAGAACUCCUUGCGGCAGCCGGAUCUCAACUCCGCACCAUUGCCUCGUUCUCUGUAGGGACGGAUCACGUGGACACGGCUGCGCUCAAGAAGCGCGACAUCAGGCUCGGAUACACACCGACCGCGCUCACGGAUGCGGUGGCCGAUUUGACUGUUAUGUUGAUACUCAUGGCGCAAAGGCGGGCAGGCGAAUCGAUGGGGAAAGUCUUGAAAGGCGAGUGGCCGCAAAUGCCGUGGCACCCGCUGCUCAUGACAGGGCCGCAGAUUGGCGGGUCGACGGUGGGUUUCUUGGGAUUCGGUAGAAUUGCGCAAGCGACGCUGAAAAGGCUGUUGCCGUUCGGAAUCAAGAAGGUCGUCUACUUGACUUCUAAACCUGGGCAGCCGGCCAAGGAGGAUCAUUUCGGCUUGCUGGAGAACCCAUCGAUACCGGUUGAACCCGCGGAGAACUGGGAGCAGUUGGCCGGUGAAAGCGACGUAGUUGUUGUAGGAUGCGCGCUCACGCCGAGCACCAAGCACAUAGUCAGCAAGGACUUCUUCAUGAAGAUGAAGAAGAUGGCCGUACUCGUGAACAUUGCUCGCGGACCUGUUGUCGAUACGAAUGCGCUUGUGGAGGCAUUGGAUACAGAGCAGAUAUUCGGUGCUGGACUGGACGUGAUCGAGAACGAGCCCAACAUUCCCGCUGAUCAUCCGAUUCUCAAGCAACCUCGAUGCGUCCUGUUGCCACACAUUGGCUCGGCGACAAUUGCUACGAGAGAGCAGAUGGCAGAAGAGUCGGUGGAGAAUCUACUUGCAGGCUUGAAAGGAGAAGCCAUGGUGAACGAAGUGCAACUGUAG